AUGGCUUCUUUCCUCCGCCAUUCAUGGAGCUUUAGCUUCCUCAUGAUGGGCUGCAUAUUGACAAUAGUUGGCAGAUCAGCAGGUGCUUAUGCACCAAUUUUCCGACCUAGUCCGUGGGCCAUCGCCCACGCCACAUUUUAUGGAGACGAGUCAGCCACCGCCACCAUGGGAGGAGCUUGUGGGUAUGGAAACUUGUUCAAUAAUGGUUACGGAACUGACACGGCGGCGUUAAGCUCGACUUUGUUUAACGAUGGAUAUGCUUGCGGAACUUGUUACCAGAUCAAGUGUGCUGAGUCACCAUGGUGCUACAGAGGUUCUCCAUUCGCCACCAUCACGGCCACAAACAUUUGCCCACCCAAUUGGGCGGAGGACUCCAACAACGGUGGCUGGUGCAACCCACCUCGGACACACUUCGACAUGUCCAAGCCUGCUUUCAUGAAAAUUGCAGAGUGGAAGGCUGGCAUUGUCCCUGUCAUGUACCGCAGGGUACCCUGCAUUAGGUCAGGCGGACUUCGAUUCUCUUUCCAGGGAAAUGGAUACUGGUUGUUGGUGUACGUGAUGAACGUGGGCGGAGGCGGCGACAUAGCCAACAUGUGGGUGAAGGGAAGCAAAACAGGAUGGAUAAGCAUGAGCCAUAACUGGGGAGCUUCAUACCAGGCAUUUGCAACUCUGGGUGGCCAACCUCUCUCUUUCAAACUUACUUCUUACACUACCAAAGAGACUGUUAUAGCAUAUAAUGUUGCUCCUUAUAACUGGAAUGUAGGGUUGACAUACAAAACAAAUGUCAACUUCCAUUGA